AUGUCCUACUCUUAUUCGGCUUCUAUCUACGCUCCCGGGCAUCAAACGGGCAAAAAUGAACGAACGAUUGUCAACGAUAGACAACAUCAGGACAAAUCGGAUCAAACAACUAGAGAUCAAAUGAGCAAUCGGCGUCACUACGACAUUCCGGUGCGUAUUCCAAGACCGGGAGGAGCUCCUACAAAUGGUGGAAAUCUUGGAGCCGUACCUUCCCCAAGGACUUUUGAAGAGGAGGAUUUCACGAACGAAACUCUGUACUUUGAGCGAAACCGUAUCAAGCAGCUUCAAGAUGAACGGGUGCAUAUCCAAAAGAAGACUUUCACGAAAUGGUGCAACUCCUUUCUUAAUCGGGCAAGAUUGGAGAUCAAUGAUCUUUUCGUGGAUGUAUGUGAUGGCGUGAUGCUGAUGAAACUGCUUGAAAUCAUCUCAGGCGAAAAGCUUGGAAAACCGAACAAGGGAAGGAUGCGUGUUCAGAAGAUUGAAAACCUAAACAAAGUGUUGGAUUUUCUCAAAAAGAAAAAGAUUCAAUUGGAAAACAUCGGAGCUGAAGACAUUCUUGACCGGAACGAGCGCUUAAUCCUAGGACUUAUCUGGACGAUCAUUUUGCGCUUCCAAAUUGAUACAAUUGUGAUUGAGGAUGAACAGGAAACUGGUGAACGCAAACACGCUAAGGAUGCACUGCUUCUGUGGUGCCAAAGAAAGACAGCGGGCUAUCGUAAUGUCAAGGUCGAAAAUUUUACCAGCUCUUGGAGAAGCGGUCUUGCUUUCAACGCUCUUAUUCAUGCGCAUCGUCCCGACUUGCUCAAUUACGACGGACUCAAUCCAAACGAUCACAUGGGAAACUUGAAUAACGCUUUUGAUAUUGCUGAGAAAAAGCUCGACAUUGCCCGCCUUUUGGAUGCUGAAGACAUCGAUGUGGCUCGUCCGGAUGAAAAAUCUAUCAUCACUUACGUCUCGCUCUAUUAUCAUUACUUUGCCAAGCAAAAGUCUGAGAUGACUGGAGCUAAACGAGUUGCAAACAUUGUCGGAAAGUUGAUGUCGCAGGAACAGAUGGAAGAUGACUACGAGGCAAUUGUGAGCGAUUUGCUCGAGUGGAUCAAGCAAACUAUUGUGAUGUUGAACAAUAGGAAAUUUCCCAAUUCAUUGAAAGGAAUUCAAGAGGAAAUGGUUCGCUUCAAUCACUUCCGGAAUGUUGAGAAGCCUCCAAAAUACAAGGAAAAGGGCGAACUCGAAGCGCUGUUCUUCAAUAUUCAGACCAAAAGAAAAGCCAUGGGUCGUGGUACAUUUGUUCCCCACCAAGGCCUAUUUAUGAAAGAUGUGGAAAGCUCCUGGGAACGACUUGAUCGAGCUGAAAACGAUCGCCAGACUGCAAUCAUCAAUGAAAUGCUACGCCAACAAAAACUUGAACAAUUAGCUGCUAAAUUCCUUCGAAAAGCUGAACUCAGAGAACAUUGGUUGAAUGAUAUGAGUCGUCAUCUUGAUGAGCUAGAGUUGGGACGAACAGCUAGCGAUGUCGAGGCUGCUUUGAAAAAGCAUCAAGCAAUCAGCGCCGAUAUUUUACCACGCGAAGAACGCUUCAAGAUUUUGUCUAAGAUGUGCGCCGAACUUACAACUGAAAAUUACCAUGAAGCGGAUCGUAUCCGGGCUCGUGAACGUGAAAUCUUGGAAAAAUGGGCUCAUCUGCUCUCGGUAUUGGAAACAAAGCGUAAGCAAAUAAUGGGCUUGAAUGAAUUGAUGGGUCUUCUUCGAGACAUCGACACCCUAGGCAGCGAGCUGAAACACCUCGAGCCUGUGGUUCGCAACCGAGAUGUAGGAAAACAUAUUCUUGGAGUCGACGACUUGAUUGGAAGGCAUGAACUGGUUGAAGGACAAGUUAACGCUCACGGUGCUUGGUUGGGAAAUGUCACUCGUCAUGCUCAAACUUACAUUCGUGGAAAAGGAGAGCAAUAUGAAAUACUGCAGCGCAAGCUCGAAGAUGUCAGCGCACAAUACGACAACUUGGUGUCUCUCUGUCAGCAGCGUCGAGCCGCUUUGUACAAAGCCAGAGAACUUUUCCAGUUUAUUCAAGAUCAUGAAGAGGAAAUGACUUGGCUAGCCGAAAAAGAAGCUCUUUGCCAGAAUGCUAUUCAAAAAGGAGACGUUGCAAACGUGGUCAACAUUGGUCGAUUGCAUAAAACGGUCGAGUCGGAAAUGAAAUCACACUGGACCCGCUCGAAAGAAAUUAUGGCUGCAGGCGAACGAACAUUGUACUCGGAAACGCCCGCUCUUCCUUCUUCUUUUAUGAAUGGACAAAAUCGAGAAGACGUGCAGAAAAGAAUCCAGCAAAUCCAAGCAAAAUGGGAGGCUUUACGCCGUGUGGUUGACAAAUUGGCGCAAUGGUUGCAAGAGGCGGAGCGCGCUCAGCAAUACUUCCAGGAUGCUAAUGAGGCAGAGUCUUGGAUUCGGGAGAAGAUGCCGCUUGUAAAAUCUGAUGAUUAUGGAAAAGACGAAGGGCAAGCUGAAAGCCUUUUAAAUCGCCACAAUCGACUUGCAGAGGAAAUCAAUGCAUUCCGUUCCGACAUUGUUCGAUUGGAAGAAUCGGCUUCGCAACUUGGUAGCUCUUCAUUGUUCACAAAUGGAAACUCUCUAGCAAAUGAUAGUGAAGAAUUGCUUGUUCCACAGGUGGAAAUGCUGUACAAGUAUGAAGGCAAUGGAAUGAAAGUAAAGAAAGAGGAAGUUGUCGCGUUGCUUGACAAAACGAAUUCUGACUGGUGGUGUGUCCUGAAACAAGAUGGCAGUGAGGGAUAUGUUCCAGCCAACUAUUGCAGAAUUGUUCCGGGAGAAAGUGUGACUAUCGCCCAAAGUGCUGCAAGUGGUUCGAAGGCUGCUCGUCAUGAAGGAGAUGGAAAGAAAGAAAUCCAAGAGCGUCAACAGAUGAUUAGCCAAGACUAUCGGAAGCUGAACAAGAUGGCGGAAAUUCGUCGUCGAUUGCUUAGCGACAAUAUCAAGCUAAUGCGUUUCUUCCGUGAAUGCGAUGAAUUUGAGAAUUGGGCUCAAGACACAAUCACCGCGCUUUCCGAUGAACCAUCUGUAGAACAUGUGGAAGCUUUUCGCAAGAAGCUUGACAAGCUGGAGCACGAUAUUGCUGCGAACGGUGGCACACAACUCAAACGAAUCAACACGAUGGCCGAUGAGCUUUCAGGAGAAGGGCAUAGCCAAUCGCAUCAAAUCACAGCAAGGCAAGAAGCGAUGAACAAAAUUUGGGCUGAAAUCGAGAAACUAUUCCGUGCCAAAGCUCACCGCCUUUCCACACUCGAACAGCUGGCUGAUUUUAAUGCCAACUGCGCUGAUGUCGAGAGCUGGAUGAAGGGCAAGUUCGAUAUUCUCGAUCGCAAACCGCAGGACCUGAAAUCGCUUCAGAAUUUGGAAAGGGAUUUGAAGCCAUUAGAGGAAAAGAUUCGAGCUCUCGAAAAUUUGGCGGACCAUGUGAAAGCUUCAAAUCCUGAAAUGGCGGCUCUCAUUCAAAAACGUAUCAACGAGUUGAAGGCAAUCCAUUCCGACCUCUUGAAUCGAGCCCGGCAAAAAAUUAUGACAGCAGAAGAAACUCAAGGCCAAGAGAUGUUUGACAAUGCUCUACUCGAAAUGCAUAAGUGGAUCGAAAAGACUAAAAAGGAGCUUAACGAUAUGAUGCGCCCGAUCGAUGUUCAAACGGCAGAAGAUAUGCUCAAGAAACACUCGGAGCUUGGAGAACAAAUUAAGGACAAAAAGUAUGAAGUGGAGUACGUACAUGAAUUGGGGAAGCGACUUCUCGAUAAGAAUCCACGCCUAAACGUUGUUCGAGAAAAGCUUGGAAACUUGCAGCAUGCUAUGGAAGAAAUUCGAGGGAUCUGGAGUGCUAAGAAUGCAUACUUGAAGCAACAGCUUGAUCUCCAACUUUUCAACCGCGAAGCAGAAAGAAUUGACGCUGUAACGAAAGGACAUGAGGCUUUUCUCGAUUUCAAAGACCUGGGAGAUUCAGUUGAGUCAGUCGAGAAUCUGCUCAAAAGGCAUCGUGAUCUCGAAGCCAAAUUGGACGCUCAGCGACCUCGUCUUGAUGCUUUUAAUAAGAACGCCGAUGAACUGAUCAGAGUCAAGCAUCCCGAUGAAGGAUACGUUCACAAGCGACGUGAUGAAGUUCUUGCUAGACGUGAGGCCGUGCGCCGUGCGGCCGCUCAAAGAAGGGCAUUGCUGGAGGCAUCGAUGGAAUAUCAAAGCCUUCGCCGAGAUGGUGAUGAGAUGCUUGGAUGGAUUGCGGAUAAGAAGAAAAUUGCGACGGACGAUGCUCAUCUUGAUUUGCACUCAAUUGAAAUCAAACUCCUAAAGCACGAGGCAUUUGAAGCCGAGAUUAAAGCCAAUACAUCUCGAAUCGAGCACAUCAACAAGGAUGGAGCAAUGCUGAUCUCGCGUCGACACUAUGAAACACCAAACAUCGAACGAUUGGUCGAUAGGGUGAACACCGCCUGGGCUGGUUUGAAAGAUGCUUCUGCAAGAAAGGGAGAGAAACUGCGACAAGCGGCUGACCAAAAGAGCUUGAAUGAUAUCCUUGACGAUGCAAAUGCCAAACUUGACGAACUCGACGCAGCCUUGCAAAACAAAGAUGUCGGAAAUGAUCUACGCGGUGUCAAGGAUUUGAUUCAGAGACAUACAACGAUUGAGCAAGAGCUACGUGUUUAUGAAGACAAGCUACAAGAAAUCUCCAGUAAAGGAUCGCAUAUGGCCGAGCAAGGGCAUUUCGAUUCGGAAAGAAUUACCAAAACCGUUAAAAAUUUACUGAAUAGAUUUGAAAAGCUGACUGACCCUUGUGCGGCAAGACGUGCGGCUCUUGAGGAAUCUCUGAAAUGGCAUCAAUUAGCUUUUGAUGUUGAUUGUGAACUUCAAUGGAUUGCCGAAAAGGUUCCAAUUGCCGCAUCUGAAGAAACUGGUCGAACUCUCACUGAAGCCUUGAACAUGGCAAGAAAACAAGAACAGCUGGAGGCUGAAGUCAACCAACAUGCUCCUCACAUUGAAGAAACUGUGCAUCGUGGCGAAGAGCUCAUCAAAAGAAAACACACAGCCCAAAAAGAAAUCAAAGGCAAAUGCGAGCAGCUUGCCGGUGCUUGGACUCAUCUUCAACAGCUUGUGAAACGCCGGAAAUGGAUUGUGGAAUGGGGAGUGAAGGAGCAACAAUAUCUAUUUGAUGCUACGGAGGUUGAAUCAUGGAUGGCUGAAAAACGAAUUCUAAUCGAGUCUCAAGAUCACGGGCAAGAUGAAGAUGCAGCACAAAAACUUCUUGCGAAACACAAGGCUUUGCAGAAUGACAUGAGCACUUACAGGCAAUGGGUGGAACGAUUGGCGGUGAAGUGCAAUGAGCUAGUGUCGUCAAAACGGCCAAACGUCGAGCGAUUCACCAACAAGCAAAGGGAACUCGAAGAGGAAUUUGAACGUCUUGCGGAGCUAGCUGAAAAACGCCGACAUCUACUUGAAGAUACACUCUGCCUUCACGCUUAUCUCCGGGAAAGUGCUGAUCUCGAACAGUGGAUCAAUGAGCAGUUGCAAACGGCAAUGAGUGAAGAAUAUGGUGAUGACUAUGAACAUCUCAAGGAAUUGCAAGCAAGAUUUGCCGAGUUUCGUCAAUCAGUGAAGACGGGAAGCGAACGAUUUGUGUCCUGCGAACUUGCUGCUAACUCAAUUCUUAAGCGUAACACUCCCUUCGCUCGAGAAGUUUUGAAACGCCAAGAAAGACUUCGAUCGGUUUGGACACUUCUCGUAGAGUACAUGGAGUCAAGAGAACAAAAACUUAAAGCGGCCGAAGAGUUGCACCGAUUUAAUAGAGAUGUGGCGGAGCAUGAGCAAAGUGUUGCCGAACGACUUAAUGGAAUGCCAAAUGAUCUUGGAAGGGAUGUCAAACAAGUGCAAUCUCUGCGGCAAUCUCACGAGACUUUCGAAAAGCAGCUGACUGAAAUGCGAACACAGCUUGAUAAACUCCUACAAGAAAGUGCUCGGCUCAAAGAAGCUUACCCUGGCGGAAACGCAGAACACAUUUCCCAGCAGCAAGUUGCAAUGACCGAAGGCUGGGAAGAACUUGAACAAGCAACCCUAAACCGAAAGUACAAGCUUCGCGCUGCUUACGAUUUCCAUCGAUUUAUGGGCGAGGUUCGGGAUCUUCUCAGUUGGUGUGAUUUGAUUGUUUCUGAAAUGCAAACCGAACAACACCUACAUGAUCUGCAAGGAGCUCAGUGGUUAAAAGAAGAACAUGCUCGACUUCAGUCAGAAAUCGAAACACGAAAGCCUGCUUUUGCAAAAAUUGAUGCUACUGGAAGAGAAAUGAUUGCGGCAGAGCAUUAUGCAAGUGACGAAAUCAGGGCUCGUCUUCACCAGGUUGAUAGUGCUCUGAAACGUCUUCAUUCUGAAUGGUCGCUUCGAGAAUCUUACUUAGCACAAGUCGUUCAAUGGCACUCCUUGCAACGCGAAGCAAAACAAAUUCUUUCGGCAAUUCAAAGCAAGAGGAAUACUUUAAAACAGUUGGCCGUCGGUGGAAAUGUGCAAGAGGUCGAAGCCCAGAAGAAAAGACUCGAAACCUUUGCAAAAGCCCUCGUUUCUUUGGAUGACAGAGUACAAACGCUCGAUAAGACCGCACGGGGUUUGAUUGAAGGCCGUCAUUUUGAAUCGAAAAACAUCGAAGCCUGGAGAACCAAGGUUCACGAGUCGCUUGUUGCUCUCAAGAAUGAAAUUGCCAUUCGUAGAAAAGAACUUGAUGCUGCUUUGGAUGAAGCGAAGUUUGGCGGAGAUGUUCGUGACAUGGAGACGUGGAUCACUGAAAAAAUACAAGCAAUCAGAGUGGAAGCUGAGCGACAAGGGCAAUGCACAACUAUUGAAGAUAAAAUGAAGAGACUCCAGCGUCAUCAAGCAUUUGAAGCUGAACUUGACGCCAACAGAGAUCGAGUGAAGGCGAUUUUGGAUCAUGGCCAAUCUCUGCAGCGUGGACCCAAUGGGCGAAUGGUGACUGAACAAUGUGCUCGUUUGUCUCAACAUUGGAAAGAUCUGGAGGCUCUAUGCAUUGAUCAAUCGCGUGCUCUUGAGGAAGCUCGAGAUUUGCUUAGAUUCAAACAACUGGUUGACCGUGUAUUUGAAUGGAUUCGAGACAAGGAAAGCAUGCUUCAUGCAGCGGAUAUGGGCAACGAUAUGGAACAUUGCAAUAUUUUGAUUGAUCAACUUGAUGGAACAACAGCCGACAAUUCUGUUGAUGAGCACACGCUCAAAGAACUCAAUGAGCUUGGUGAUAAACUUGUUCAGCAAGGUCGAAGUAGUCAGAAAGAAGUUCAUGAGCAAAAAACAAAGAUUAAUCGUUCUUGGCAAACGCUUCAAUCGGAUAUUCGAGCGUACAGACAACAGCUCAAGGCCGCUUUGGAGGUUCACAAAUUCAAUCGUGACGUUGAUGAUAGCAAUGAACGCAUCCAUGAAAAGACGUUGGCUAUGAAGAGCGAGGAUUUUGGCCGUGACUUCGCCACCGUUGAUCAAUUGAUGAGAAAGCAAGUGGCACUGGAACGAGACAUGGAAGUGAUUCACUCAAAGUUGGCUGCUCACGAUGCUGACGCCCAGAAACUACUAGCCACCAAUCCUCCUUUGAAAGACACAAUCCUUACUUCACUCAAACGUCUCGAGGCAAGUUGGGGAGUGUUGUCUGAGACUGCUGAACAGCGACACAGCCGGCUUGAGCGUGCCCAUCAACUCUACCGAUACAUCGACUCAGUGAAGAAGGCAGAACAAUGGGCGGCAAAUCUGCGCGUUAAAAUGACAUCACAUAAACCUCCAAAGACAACUUCCGAAGCUCGACUACUCAUCCAACAGCACCAUGAAAGAAAAGCCGAAAUCGAUGGACGGCAAGAAGAACUCCGCCGACUUCACGAUGAUGGACAACGGCUCGGCGCUGAACAACCCGAGCAUAAGGGAGAAGUGCAACGAGCCCACAAGCGAGUGCAAAAUAGUGAACAUCAACUCCGACAAACAUGGGAACAAGAAAAGGCUUCGCUAACACGCGCUUUGGAUUGGUUACUUUUUUCUGACCAAUGUGCGCUUGUUGAGUCCUGGUUGGCUAGCAAAGAAGCAGCGUUGAAAGAUCAUGAUAUUGGCGAUAACCUGGAGGCCGUGCAGAUGUUGAUCAAAAAACACGAAGCCUUUGAAGAAACUUUAAAGACUCAAUCGGAAAAAGUGGAAAAUGUAAAAAAAGACUCGGCAGCCUUGAUCAGCAACGGCAACGACUUUGCCGUUCAAAUUGAAGAAAGGCGCGAUGAGGUUCUCAAUCGCUAUGCAAACUUGCUGCAGCAAACCGCUCAUCGUCGUGCAAUUUUAUUAGACAAUCAACGAUUUCUGGAUUUUGUCAGGUCAUGUGGAGAACUCAUCACCUGGAUCAACGCCAAACUUCAAUUGGCUUAUGAUGAAUCUUACCUGGACCCUGCAAAUCUGAGAUCGAAACUACAAAAACAUCUUGCGUUUGACAGCGAACUGAGCGAAAACGAGAAACGCCUCAAUGCAGUUGUUGAUGAAGGGCAUCGUCUAAUCAAGGAUAAUCAUUUUUCAAAGAAGGAGGUUGAAGAACAAUUGGCUGAAUUGAAAGGUGGUUGGGAUGAGCUUCGUCAGAAAAGCGCUUUGAAAACUCAACGAUUGCGCGAGGCUUAUGAUGCAUUCACUCUCACUCGCAAAAUUGAUGAUGUGGAGAAGUGGCUUGAUCGUAUUGAAGGAGAAUUGUCUUCCGAAGAUCAUGGCAAAGAUGUUAUCUCUGUAGACACGCUAGUCAAGAAACUCGAAACUCUUCAAGCUGAAGUUGCUGGACGUGGAGAGCACAUUGCUGAAGUGAUGAGCAAGGCCAAAGAACUUAAAGCAAAAACAGGACCAAAUAAUGACAAACUUUUGACUUCGGCUGAAGAGAUCUCGCUGCGUUAUGCCCAACUCGAUGAACCAAUCAAAAUCCGUCGUGAAAAUCUGAAUGAUGCCAAAAAGCUCUUUGAAUGGGAGGCCGAAGCAAAUGAAGAAUAUGAAUGGUUGAAUGACAGGUUACUAUUGGCCCGGAGCACAGAGUUUGGUGACACAAUGCAGGCAGCUGAGAACUUAAGCAAGAAACACGCUCUUCUGGAAAAGGAUCUUGAAACUCGGCAAACAUCGCUAGAUGAAGUGGAGAAAAAAGGAGUAGCGAUGAUUCGUUCCAAGCACUUUGCUUCGUCUGAAAUUCAACGGCGCAUGGAUGAGCUCAUGAGCCUGAUGCUACAGAUGAAAGAAGCUUGUGCCACACGACGCAAUCGUCUAGAAGCUGCGGUUGUUGCACAAAGGUACUUCACCGAAGUUGCCGAAGCGGAACAAUGGAUUAGAGAUCGUCUUCCACUUGCCAUUAGCCACGAAACAAGCAAAGAUCAGGCUGGUGCUGAAUCACAGCUUCGUCGUUUGGGCAUUUUGGAGAAGGAUGCCAUCAAGUUCAACGAUGAGGUCAAGAAAAUGAAAAAAUUAGCGGAGAGGCUUGUUCAACAAGACUAUCAGGAUUCAACUCAGAUCGAUUCACGCCAGCAUAAACUUGAAGCUGCUUAUUCUCAGCUGUUGAAUGAAAUUUCGAAACGGAUGACACAGCUUGGAGAUGCGAGCCGAUACCAUGCCUAUGUUCGUCAGGCAGAUGAUCUCAUGGAUUGGCUGCAUGAGAAAGAACGCGCUGCUGCGGCUGAAGAAUACGGACGUGAUUUAGAAGAAUGCCAGAGGCUAAUUGAGGAGUUUGACAUCGUCGUACGCGAAUUGUCUGCUACUGGAGAACGCGUCGCCAAUGUGAGGAACUUCCAAGAAGAACUUCUUCGCGCUGGACAUCCGUUUGCUGCAUCGAUUCGUGCUAAAGGAGAAGAUCUUUCAAGACUUUGGCAAUCUGUUAAUGAAAUCGCCAACGAACGGCAACAGGCUUUGGCUGGCGCAAAACAAGUUCAUCGUUUUGAUCAAGAAGCGGACGAGACAAUCAAUUGGCUACAAGAGAAAGAAGCUGACGGUGUCGCUCUUGAAAAUGUGGAGCUUGCGGGCGCGGAUCUCAAUACUUUAACAAGUGAACGGCAACGUUUGGAAGAGUUCAUUCACGGAUUGAAAGCUGUUGAGAAACAGGUUACUGAAUUGUGUCGCGAGGCUGAUCGAUUGGAAGCACUGUUCCCAUACACCAAACAACACCUUGAAGGACGCAAAAUGGAGAUGACGAUGCUGUUGAAUGACAUCAUGGAGAGUGCCAACAAACACCAAGAACGCCUCAAAUAUACAGAGCAACUCCAAUCCUACUUCCAAGAGCAUCGCGAACUGAUUUCUUGGGUGAAACGUCUCUUUACGACAAUCACUGCCGAAAGUCUCCCUAAAGACGUUGGGGGGUCUGAAGCACUUGCUACAAGGCAUAACGAGUACUACUCUGAAAUGAUGGGACGAAGAGGCAAUAUUGAUAGUUUCUGUACCCGCGGUCGGAAUCAUAUGCAACAAGGACAUGUUCUUUCGUCCGAAAUCGAAAGGAGAGUCGACCAAUUGGAACGAGCAUACAGUGGAAUUCAACACGUAUGGAAAGAGCGCCACGAGCUUUACUUGGAGAACAUGGAUGUUCAACAAUGGAAAGCAAACGCAAACGCGUUGGAACAAUGGAUGGUUGAGCGAGAAAAUUUGCUUGGGGAUGAUUGGCGUCACAUUGACUCUGUUGCAACCGCUGACGAGAAACUCCGAGAUUUCGAUGACUUCCUUGUGACAGUUAAUGCCCAAGGUGAACGAUGUGAAGGAGUGAGGAGAAUGACUCUUCUUGAGAAAAAUUUCUCUAAACAACUGCAGCGAGAGGCUGAACGCGUUCGUGUGGACCAAGAAGAGAGCACGCGAAGACGCGACACCAUUAAAGUUGUUGAAAAGGGCAACCUGCUGGCUAAUCGUCGACAAGAGCGUGAACGUAGAAAGACCCAGGAAAUCAGUCUCAUGAAACCAUCUGGAUCUGGUGAAGACUUCUCCUCGCAAACAUUGCCCCGAAAAUUGGAUGGACAGUCGUCUCAACGACGAGAGCGCAGCAAAACGACAGCUUUAGGUGAACCUGUUGUUUCGGUCUCCGGACCGUCAACACUUCCAAUCUUGGCACCUGGACAAAUUGGAGGUGGUGUGUUGAUCCCACAAGAGGAAAUGCCGCAAACAUCGAUUCAAACUGUGACACCUGGAUUCAGUACUCGACGAGCAGCAUCCGUGCGUCGCUCAAGCAGUCAUCGCUGGGCCGAUGAUAUGUCACAAAUUGAUAUGACUGGCUAUGUUGAUCGAAAACAAGAGCUUCAAUCUGGUGGAAAACGAGCGACUCUUCGAUCUUGGAAGAAUUACUACACGAUUCUUUGCGGACAAUUGAUUUGCUUCUUCAAGGAUGAGGAUGCUUUUACGAACAACAUAGCCGCUUCUCCGCCUGUUUACAUUCACAAUGCUGAAUGCCAACAAUAUCCUGAAUAUGCGAAGAGAAAACAUGCAUUCAAACUCAUCACUCAAGAUGGAGCCGAAUAUCUCUUUGCUUGCAACGAGGAACGUCAAAUGCUUGAAUGGGUUGCCAAGAUCAAAUUCCACGCUACUCUGCCGCCAUCUGCACAACUGACUGCAUUCUCGCGUGAGACAAGUGCUCAUGAGACAACAUCUCAAUACAGUGGAAGCACCGCGCCGAUUCCUGCUCCUCGUUCGUCAUCAUAUUCGAAUCGAAGCGGAGAUAUCUUGCGUCGUCAGCAUGAAAUGGGCGCAUCGCAAUCAACGGAUUCUGAUGUCGAUCCAUCCAGACGAGCCAGUCAACUUAGCAAUGAUUUUGGUGAUUCUCAACGAUCGGAAAUGUAUCGUGAUCAAGCAUCCACUCAACAAUCGCAUACAAGCAACAAUGGACAUGAACAACAAGAGAGAGCACGUUAUGAAAGAAUUGAAGCAACGCAGAAAGGAAGUGAAGGCACUGAGUUCAUUUCAUGGGUCGAACAGCAGAAUGCUUCUCAUCAAAGCUCAUCAUCUGGUCCACACAAUGGAGGACAUUCGGAAACUGAUGAUGAAUCGGUGAAAGGAACGAAGCGUCGUGGUUUUUCUUCGCUUUUCUCGAGGUCUUCGAAGAAAUCUAAUAAA